AUGCAAAUUUUAACCGUGCAUGUGUACGUGUACGACAUCUUCUUCUACGUAUGCGUCGUAACUUACGCCCCAGAGAAGCCGUGCAUCUCUAUGGAAUCUCUGACAAAAGCCUGGCUAUGGCUCAUUGAUCAGAAACGACUCAUAAACUACAAGAGCGCCAUCUUGCCAAAUGUGAACCAGAUCGGAUCUCUGUACGCGGUUGCACCUGAACCCCUUCCUGACAAAUACAAAAAGGUCAUGGACGGAGCGAAAGAGGGCGUGGUCAUUGUUUCCCUCGGAAGUAAUAACGAGGCUUUCUUGCACGGAGUUCCCAUGAUUGGUGUUCCCAUGUUUGCUGAACAGCCCUAUAAUGCCAAGAAGUUCAGUGACUUUGGUUUCGGUAUCACGAUGGAUUAAAACUUUUCUGUAGAUGACUUGGUAUCCAACAUCAAUGAGGUCAUACAGAAUUCUUCCUACUCACAGAAAAUCAAGAAAGCGACAAAAGUGAGGAUGCGCAGGGAAAGAUGUCUCAAAGAUGAAGCUGUUUACUGGAUAGAACACGUACUCAAAUAUGGCGGCGCACAUCUGAGGUCAUAUUGCCAGGACAUGCCGUUGUAUCAGUAUUUGUGUCUGGACGUCAUCGGGCUUCUUCUGUUCAUCCUCCAUGUGUGUAUAUUCCUUAUUGGAAGUCGUUUUGCUUCUGUUGAAGAAGAACUGAACUGUUCAGAAGCCAAAAGCAAAACGUGA